CAGUGCAUAGAGCGCGGUGCACGGUGCUCAGUGCAGGGUGCACGGGGUGGUGCCAGGCGCACGGCGCACGGUGCUCAGUGCGGGGUGUUCAGUAUAUGGCACUCGGGGAGCAGCGUGAACGAGGUGGUGGUGCAGGGCGCUCAGUACAUGGUGCUCGGUGCAGGACGCUCAGUGCACGGCAUUCAGCACAGGAUGCUCAGUGCAGGCUGCUUAGUGCAGGAUGCUCAGUGAGCAGUGUGCACAAGGCGGUGGUGCAGGGUGCUCACUGCAGGGCGCUCAGUGCACGCAGUGCUGCAGUGUGCACAAGGCAGUGCAUGAUUCUCAGUGCAGGGCACUCCAUGUAGGUUUUUGCUCCCUGCCCAGAGGCACGCUGCUCUGCCUCUGCUUUCCCCCAGGGCACUCUUAGGGUGCCCUGCUCUCACCCUCCCAUCCCUGUGCAUUGCAGACAGCAGGCUGCUGUGUGCACAUCCCAGGAGAUUGGAGCAUCUGCCAAAGAACUCAUCUGUAUGAGUGAGCUCCCAUGCCCUGAUGCUUUAUGGUGCCACCGCCAUGCCCUGAGCCUGUGCUCAGCAGUGCCUUUGGGGCAGGAAUAUCUCUAGUGUUGCAUCACUGGGAAAUAAAAUAUUUUUAUUAUGUUUCUUAAGCAAAUUUGAGGUUUUGGGGUUUCUCUUGCAGAAACAACCUUUACUUUGCAAAGCCAUGAUCUUUGUGCAUGCGGGAAUGGAGCUCGUUAACACUUAUGCUUUGGCAUGCGGAUUUGAAAAUACUGUUUUGAAGAUGGGGAGUGUUUUUUCUAGCAGUACCUUUGAUGUUUUUUUUCUCCCUGUUGCAUGGCACGCUCUGACCACCCACGCUCGUGGUGAGUCUUUUGUUCUGCUCCAUUUGUGCAUAGGCACGCAGAGGGCUGCCACUAGGACAUGGGAACAGAGGCAAAAGGGUAGCAUAUAGCACAUCAGGGCCUUUCCUCCUCCCUGGCCAAGCUGGCUGCAGGUUGCUGGGGUUGGUGCUGCCUUUCAGUAGCUCUGCCACAACCGCAGCGUUGCUUGGUCUAUUUGGGGAUUUUCAAAGGCCCUCGUGACCCACAAGUAGUCUGAAAUCCAUGUGUUUGUACCAGGGUUGGCUUCUGGUUCCUGUUACUGUGUCUGGCUUUGUGGCCCACAGCACAUCUUUAGUUUGAAUCAGCAAAAAAUGCUCUGCUCUGCGUGGUGCUGUUCUUGUCACGUGGGGACCUGAAAGUGACUGUUUGUGUUUUCCUGUGAAUGCCAUUGGUGCCCUUGAGCAGAACAGUUUUGUGCAUGUGGGCCCUGCCCUACACCUGGCUCCCUGCACCCUGCCAGCAAUCCUCCUGCAGUGCUGACCUGGGGCUGCACCCCUGGGUGCUGCUGCGUGCUGCUGGGUGCUGCCAGGUACUGCAACCCCAAGUGCUGCAGGAUAAGCGUUGCUGCUGUAGAAAGGUGCACAUGAGAUCCAUUGGCGUGGUUCUUGCUGACCACAGUUAUUGCUGUUCCUCCAUGAAGAUGCUCACAUUUCCUCAUCCCUCAUUAAGCCCAAGGAUCUGAGCUAAAACUUUCCAUGCCACACCUCUGUCAUUUCAGGAAUUCACUAGUAUCUAUUUCUGGGAAUGGUGUAAAGCAAAAUUAAUUUAGGAUCACAUCAUGCUUCUUACUGGUUCUGUCGCUUGUUUGCAAUAGUUUGCAAUGCUUCUCUGCUUUGAAGAAUGGGCCAGAGGCAGUUCUGUGUUGCAGACUGGGUGCUGCCUGUGUCCAGACACUGCUGUGACCAGGCGAUGGCACAGCACAGCCCUGUGCUGCAGCAGGAAGGAAGUCUGCAACUCUGUAUGUGUGUGUGCAUGUGUGUGUGUGUGUGUGUGUGCACAAUGUGUUUGUGAGGGUGAGAGCUGGAGGAGUUUCCGGAGCAGGGCAGCUGUUAAACCACUGCAGCACAGAGCUCUGAGAUGUGUGUGGGUGCUGCCCAGCGCCCUGCAGCCUUGUGCAGGGUAGAUCUUGCGGCUGAAGGAAAGGAGCAGGAAGUGUUGUGGGGAUGAAAGGCGAUGCAUGUGCUGCAGAUGAGCUCUGUUCCAUUGCAGCAUUGGUGCUGGGUGGAGUUUCCCUCUGGUUUCCCAUUAGUGCUGAUGCAGAGGGGCUGUGUGACGUCUGGUUGGGCAGGAAAGGAGGAGGAUCUGGGGUGGCUGGAAUAACAAUUAGUGUCUGUACUUGAAAUGUUCUCAAAAACAUCCUCCAGGGCUGGGACAGUGCCAUGCAUGCAAGAACAGCACUGUGCACACAGGGACACAGCUGUGGCCUCACCGGGACGCUGGCAGGAGCCCUGCAGUGAGCGUGGUGCCUGGGUUGCUCCAUGCAUGCAGGAUUGCUUAAUGCAGUGCAGAGCUGAGCUGCUGGGUGCUGGCAGUUCAGGGUUCAAUGCUGUGGCUGCAUGGAAGUGGUAACUGUUGUGACAGUGGGUGCUUGCAGCACUGGAGCUGGAUUUUGCCCCCGAACCAGCACCAGGAGGAUCUCAGCCACGUGCUUCGACAUUGCUGUGGGGCUGAGCUUUGCCCCACCAGCUGGGUGGGGGCUGCCUGUGAUCAGCGAACAAAUCAACCCAGUGAUUUUUCUUCCCCGCUAGGUGUUCUCACGGCCAUCUGCAUCUCAGCACGAAGCUUGGCUGGCAGCACCAUGAGCUGCAAGGGGCAGAUGCCCGCUGGGUUGAACGCUCUCUGGCUGAAAACUGAAGCGUGGUGACGCGGCGUGCAGUCCUUGCACAGCAGGACAGGAUGCGGGUCACCAUGCGGCGGGUGCUGCUGGCGGUGGGCUCGGUGGUGGCCCUGAUGGUGACGCUGCACCUCGGCCAGCAGGUCCUGGAGUGCCAGCAGGUGCUGAGCAAGAGGAGGCACAGGCUGAUGAGACCCGAGAAUGAAGAGCUGGUCAUGGUGGACUCCAACCACGUGGAGUACCGUUACAGCAAGGAGAUGCCCCUCAUCUUCAUCGGCGGUGUCCCCCGCAGCGGCACCACGCUGAUGAGGGCCAUGCUGGAUGCCCACCCAGAGGUGCGCUGCGGGGAGGAGACCCGCAUCAUCCCCCGCGUGCUGGCCAUGCGGCAGGCCUGGUCCAAGUCGGGGCGAGAGAAGAUGCGGCUGGACGAGGCCGGGGUGACGGACCAGGUGUUGGAUGCUGCCAUGCAGGCCUUUAUCCUGGAGGUGAUCGCCAAGCACGGCGAGCCGGCCAGGUAUCUGUGCAACAAGGACCCGUUCACCUUGAAGUCCUCUGUCUACCUGUCCAGGCUGUUUCCCAAUUCCAAGUUCCUCCUGAUGGUUCGAGACGGCCGUGCUUCGGUCCACUCCAUGAUCACAAGGAAGGUGACAAUCGCAGGCUUUGACCUGAACAGCUACCGGGACUGCCUGACCAAGUGGAACAAGGCCAUCGAGGUGAUGUACUCCCAGUGCCUGGAGAUCGGGCGCUCUCGCUGCCUGCCCGUCUACUACGAGCAGCUGGUGCUGCACCCCGAGCAGUCCAUGCAUGCCAUCAUGAAGUUCCUGGGUAUCUCCUGGAGUGACACCGUGCUGCACCAUGAGGAGCUCAUAGGGAAGCCUGGCGGAGUGUCUCUUUCCAAGAUAGAAAGAUCAACGGACCAGGUUAUCAAGCCAGUGAACAUGGAGGCAUUAUCUAAAUGGAUUGGACACAUUCCGGGGGAUGUACUGCAGGACAUGGCCCACAUAGCACCCAUGCUUGCCAGGCUUGGCUACGACCCGUAUGCCAAUCCACCCAACUACGGCCACCCAGAUCCACUUGUUGUCAACAACACGCACAGGGUUUUAAAGGGGGAUUAUAAAACGCCAGCCAACUUGAAAGGCCAUCUGCAGGUGACUCAGAACACGUCAUCUUCUCACUAAUUAAUGAUUUCCAGGCUGCUGCGAACGGCCCUGGGUGGCCCCACAAAAGAAGAGUUUGCAGUUGCAUCGGUGGAGAUCUGUUAUCCAAGCAUAUUGCUUGCUAAUAUUGCCAAAAUGACUGCCAUGCGAGGAAUGUAUUUGCAUUUAUUUGCAAAGGCCAAACGUCGUACACUUCGAUACCACUCGUCUCCCUUUGCUGGAUGCUCCGUGGUGAAAAAUCUGUGGACGUGAAGAUCGACUGAACCUUCAAAGUGCAUUGGAAAGAGAUUUUCUAUUCAAUUCCCGGAGAACAUUUUAGAGCCGUAUUUCAGUGUCUCGUAAUGCUGUUCCUUAACGUGCAGAUCAGAAUAGGUGUCAUAACCGUGUAGAGCAUUUGUUGUACAGGUGACAAUCCGGGACUCCUUCAAUCACUUGUCAUUGACAGAUUCUAUUUAAGAAUUAAUAUAUGAGGUCAUUCGUUUCA